AUGGUAGUCUCUUGGAUAUUGAAUUCAAUAUCAAAAGACAUUGCAGAAGCGUUUUUAUAUGCAGAAUCUGCCAGGGACUUGUGGGUGGAACUUGAGGCUCGUUUUGGGGAAAGUAACGGUCCCCUCGUAUACCAAAUUCAGAGGAAAAUCGCCUCUAUCUCGCAGAAAAACGAUACUGUUGCAACAUAUUUUACAAGACUCAAGAAACUAUGGGAUGAGUUAAAUACUUUGGACCCUCUACCUGUGUGUUCUUGUGAUGCAAGCAAGAAAAUGUCAGAAAAGAAUGCAUCCUACCAGUUGAUACAAUUUCUUAUGGGCCUCAACGACAUCUAUGACCAUGUGAAGAAUCAGAUUCUCCUCAUGGACCCAUUGCCAACUGCUGCGAAAGCCUACUCAAUGGUUCACAAAGUUGAAAAACAAAGGGAGUUGAACUCUGAAGGCACUGAAUUGGAAAGUGAAGGGGUAAUGGCUGUACAAGCCACUGAAUCAAAGAGAUAA